UGACAGAAGGGGGCAGGCAGGUGGGGUUGUGCUCUCCUCCCAGGGAACAAAGGAGAGGACAAGAGGAAACAGCUUCAAGUAGCACCAGGAAAGGUUAGAUUGGAUCUUGGAGAAAAGUUAUUCUCUGAAAGGGCUGUCCAGCCUUGCCACAGGUGGCCAGGGCAGUGGUGGAGUCCUCAUCCCUAGAGGGAUUUAAAAGCCCUGUGGAUGUGGCACUUGGGGGCAUGGGUUAGUGGUGGCCUUGGCAGUGAUGGAGGAAUAAUUUGACUUGAUGGUCCCAGAGAGCUUUACCAACUUAAGUGGGGGUAAAAGUCACCUCUUGCAGAAGAUUUUGCAUCCAGGGCUGGUAUUACACCAACAGCCUAUAGUGGAGUAAGCUAUCCACCUUCCUUUUUUAACCUCUUUCAAAACCUGUGUGGAAUGUCUCAUUCCAGCACUGCAGGGUGAGAAACUGACUGUUGUUCGAGCACAGCAGAGACACCCUGACAUAAAACAUGAGAAUUCUAACAGAAAAGAACCAGGUUUUCUGGUGCCUCCUCCAGAAGAACUGUGAUCACCAAAGCCUAUUGAGGCUAGGAAUGACAUUGAGUAAUGCUGCUUGGAAGGAAAAUAAAGGGAAAAGAAAAGAAAGCCACUGCUAAUAGAGAGAAAACAGCAGCAUGGUAUAAGUACCAAAACACCAAGUCCCUUUAGGACCUGCUUUCUUAAUGCACCUCUAAAUGCAAUUCAUUAAAGCACAAAUUUAAUUAACAAAGCAUGUAUGGAGAACACUCCAAAGGCAGCAGGUAAAUCAGGAGAGGCCAAGCAAAGGAAAAUCUUGAAAACACUUGUUAUCAGUUCCCACUGGCCCAGCUCCUGCUGGGUUUGCUGGCUACUCAGUGAGCAGUGCCAGCCACGCAGCUGAAAACACUCCAUGUUUUUCUCAGUGUGGGAUAAACAGAUGCAGCUGUGGCCAGAGCCUUAUCAGGGAUCUCAGGGCUCUGGCAGAAAUAAUCCCUGAGUGCUCCAUCGGUGGCAGAGUUGUUACUAGGGUCACCACAGCAGGAGUCACCACCCCAGUCCAGCUGUCCCACAGGUGAAUCUGGCUCUGCCCAUGUGAACACUCCCCUUGCCUCGCAGAGAGGAUGGCAGGACAUGGAUCCUUUCCAUGGGCCCUUUGGGAUGUGAAUCCCUGGCAAUGACUCUACUGUAACCCACACCACCUGUCAGAAUUUCCCAGUAAAGAGAAGCACAACUCUUCCACAUGACGUUUAUUAAAAGCCACAAUGAUUUGGUUAGAGUAGCCAAAUCUUCCACUUUGGGGACAUUUCUGCUUUUAUUAGCAGAAUAUUGGGAGAAUUAUUUGGGAGUGGGUGACAAGACCAAGGUGCUCCUGGUAUUCAGGAGGAUAAUUCAGGGGGAUAAGGGCAGCACGCUAUGCUUUGUGGGAUGCAGAAAUUUAUAGUGCUCGUGUUGACAUCUGUGCUCGGUGUUACCUACCAGAAUAUUCAAUCCCGACAGACCACAUCCCACCAGUUUUCUAUAACUCCUCAGAAGGCUAUCAACUCUGAGAACAGCAUGGCAGUCAAGGAGCAACGGCAGCAGUGGGGAAAGCCGGGCUGAGGUAUUCUGUGCUCCGAGAGCCGCAGAUUAUCGAGGAUUUUCUGCUGGUGGAAGAUGCACUUCUGCUGGAAGAGAUGGCUGAGGAGGAUGAGGAGCUCGACCUGUACAACGAGAUGACUUUUGGGUUAGACCGAGACUCCACAGAGGAGGAUGUCCCAAAACUCCUGGUGGUACCGGAGAUAAGCCCUGAGGUGGCCAAAGCACUGGUAGAGGCAACUGGAAGAGCAGCUGAGGAGCUGGACGAGGAGGAAGGUGGGAUGGAGCCAGAGAUGGAGCAGGUUAACUCUCAGUUGGAGGAAGAGGUAGAGGAGCUGGGGACUGAGGAACAGGAGGAAGAUCAGGAGUGCUUUGAGGAGCCCAGUGAACUGGGAGACCCAGCAGUGAUGAGAGCUGUGCGGAGCAAACCCACGCUGGAGAGCCAGGACUCAGCGGUGCUGGACAGCGGGACUGGGACUUGCUGGGAAGAGUUUGGCAAGGAGGACAUGCUGGUAAUGGAUCACACGGCGUGGGGCUCCUGCCCUGGCAGUGUCCCACGCCACCUCAUGCUGGAGGAUAAAGCCAUUCUCCAGGUCCUGGAGAGACCUCCACCAUCUGCCAACAUGGCUCUCGACUUCCUUGGCUCUCCUGUGCAGAGGGGCUACAGGGGGUCUUCCCCGCUCAAGUGCCCUGACUUAAGACUGAUGUCCCCCAAGCCUUUCCCCCAGUGCUUUCUCCCACAGGCGCCCCUGAUAUCUCCUCGCUCCCCGUGCUCUCCUCAACCCUUCCCGCCGGCUUGCAGACUCCCUCCAGUCUUCACUCCUAACCAGACAGCAGGGUAUGUGCCUCCGACCCCUUUCCAGCCUGGGUCCUCCACCGUGGGCAGCCCACCGCGGCCCCUGGGCAUGCACUUCAGGCCCAUGUCCUCUUCUUUGGACCCUGCUCUCUUCUUCAGCCCCUCAGCUACAGGCCAGCUCAACUUCAGCACACCCAGCCACAUGACCCAGCUGCACCCCCAGCACCAGCGCAUCCUGAUGCAGCGGCAGGGCAGGCAGGUGCAGAGUGUCUCCCCCAAGAAGCUGUGGUCUCGUAAAGUGGACCCUUAUGCUGGGCUGAUGACUUCCAAGGAGAAGGACUGGGUCAUCAAGGUGGAGAUGAUGCAGCUGCAGAGUGAGAAUAUUGAUGAUGACUAUUACUACCAGACCUACUACCACCGGCUGGAGCGCAAACAGGCGGAGGAGGAGCUGCUGGGCAGGCGCAACAAGCCCCCCAAGCUGGUCACGCCAUUCAUCCAAAAAGUGGAGACCUAUGACUCUGUGGUGCGCAUUGCUGGGUCACUGGGCCAGGUCACAGUGUCCACCUGCUACAGCCCUCGCCGGGCCAUUGAUGCUGUGCACCACGCCCUCGUAGAGGAGGAGGCUGCAGGGACCCACCGGCUGCGGGCACUGCACAGGAUCGAGAAGCUCUUCCUGCAGCUGCUGGAAGUAGAGGAGGUGCAAGAGAAAAUGUCCCUGGGGGAGCAACAGUCCCAGAGACAGGAGCAGAAGAGCCAAAAAGUGGAGAGUGUCUACCAAGCCUUGAAAAUCGGGGCUUGCAGCAGUGAUGAGGAGACAGAAGAUGAAUUCCUGCAAGUGCUGUGUGUGCGGAAGGGCAAGAAGCUUGUGGCCCGACUGCUGCCCCACCUGAUUGGCGAGCAAAGGGAGAAGAUACUGCUGACAAUCACCUACCACCUGCCCUUCCUCAUGAAGAAGGACAUGCUGGAUGAGUCUCUCCCCCUGCUCUACAGCCCGUUGAAUGAGGUGGUGGGUGAGAUGACCUUCAGCAAACUCAUCGAGGUCCUGCAGGAGCUCACCCGGCCUCUACCCGAGUCUUCGGAGCUCCCCCUCACCAUGGCCUUGAAGAACCAGUUUGGCAUCUCCUUGCUCUAUUCCCUGCUGAGCCAUGGAGAGAGGCUGCUGUCCUCGCAUGCACCACUGAAGCCAUGCAGAGGGGACUUCGAGGCAUGGACGGACACUGUGUACCUGAUGUCCCAGGAGCUGUCACGCCUGCCUACAGCCUCGCUGGCAGAGCCUCUCUUCUUGCCCAGCAACCUUGUCUUGCUCUUCUGCCGCUACCUGGACAAGCAGACUGUCUACCACCUGGCAACCAAGAUGGCUGAGUGCUCCCCGCUGCCCACGGAGGCUGACAUGCUCUGCUGAGCCCUGGGAGCUGGGGGAUGGGGUCUGGAGCUGGUGGUGCUGGGAACGGGCAGGGCCCAAUGCCAUGGCUUUGGAAGUGAACACUUACCCUGGUGCGGGGCACUCUGGGUGACACAGGCAGGGGCAGGGCUGGCACCAAGGGGCUGAUGCCACCCUGUCCUGGUGCCUGGGAGCACGGGGGGGGGUGGGUGGGUGUGACUCAUUUUGGCCUCCCCCUGGCAGUGGUGAGUGCUGGGUCACAGCAGGGGCUGAGGCAGGGCACAGGGGCGCUGGGAGCACCUGGGGGUGGAUUUUCUAUGGCACAUUCUGUGCAGUGCUUGAAAUAAAAUAAAAAGGUGAUUAAUGA